AUGCAAGUUUUGGCUGUACCGAUGUCAAGAUCCAAGAAACAAAAGAGAGAUCCUACCGAAGAGGAGAUUCUAGAGGAUGCAUCGAUGAUUAUCCCCAAAUCCUAUGUUCUCGACAUUGACACUCCAUUGCCAGGUCAAACCAAUUACUUUGAGAUCCAGCUCUGUCUCUACAGAGUAUUCAAUCGCAAGUCUGCCCACAAACUAAAGAGCUUCUUUACCGACCCGACAUCGACCUUCAGUCAACUCGACAGCAAGAUCACCAACAUGCAUCAGGAUAACCUCGACAAAUUUAUGAAAAAGUUUACCGAUGUCGGUUCGGCAGUCUCCAAGAUUCCAAUGCCACCUGUAACCAACAGUCUUCAGGUGUUGAGCGUCGUGCCCGACAUUAUCCAACUCGGAGCCAACACCAAAGAGAUGCUUACACUCCAGCCAUUGCUCUGGGAGACAACAAGAGUUUGUGGUUCCAUCAACAACGGUGAAUACACCUACAAUUUGGAAUGGGGUUUCAUUUCACAAAAGGACAACAUAACUGAGCGUACUUCCAAUUCAGUUUCCAUUCCCUGGAUGGUAAAGAAACGUUAUACUGCAUGUCCAAGACACAGUAUGGUCAGACACAAAAAGAAUGGAUCCACCAUCCUACAGUUCUCAGUCACCAUGAUUGACAACAAUGCUCCAAAUUCGAGACCAAAGUCACUGCCACUCCUGUCAGAGCCAAAUCUACAAAAGAUAUUCGGAAACCCAAAUGAUUCCUUAAAAAAGAAAUUACCAUUAACACACCAAUACUCACAAGAAGAAAUGCAUCUCUCUGAAUUAUCUAUAAAGAAAGAACCAUCUUCAAAUGCAUUACCAAUUAAACAAAAUAGUAAUAACAAUACAAAUCAAAAUAAUCAAAAUAACACCAACGUCGAAUCAAAUACACCAGCAGCAACAACUAUACAAUUUAAUGAUACACCUUUGAUUCAUUCAAAUAGUAGUAGCAGUUGA